CAAGCACUUGCAUUCAAAAUGAAAAUUCGUUUAGUUUUCGUGGUUUUCUUCAUUUCGUUCAUCGAUCACUUCAUUUGCGCAAUAAAAUAUCAGAACAUUGGUGAUUGUUACUAUGACAAUGGCAGCUACGCCGAAAGUAAUCUAACUCUGAUUUGUGAAGAAAACAUUCGUGAAACGACGUUAUUCAAGCAAUACGAUAAAAGUGUUUGCCAAAAUCAAAUUGAGUGCUUCAAUUCCGAUUGCAGUGAGGGUUUUUACAAGUUUAUGAUCGGAACCAUACGAUUUGAAGACUGUGAAUUAUCGCAAAUUCCGAGUAAUAUAUUCAAAGUGUACGAAAAUGUGCGCGUAUUUAAUAUGGCCAAUCUUGGUACGCAGACAUUCACGUCCGACUUUUUUUCCGAUGCAAAACGUCUUAGCAACUUAAAUGCAUCUUACAAUCAAAUCAGCGAAAUACCGUCGAAUUCAUUUGUGAAUUGUGAAAAGUUGACCGAUGUGGAUGUGUCCUUCAAUAAAAUUACACAUUUUGAUGCGCAUGCCUUUGCCGUUGGAAAUCACCUCCAGAGCUUGAAUUUAUCGCACAACAACAUCACCGAAUUAAGUGUUGAAACAUUCCAAAAGUUGACCGAACUGAAGCAACUAAACUUGGCAUACAAUCAAAUUGCUGAAUUGCCAUCGUUUUUAUUUCACAAAAAUGAAAAAUUGACCGAUGUUAACAUGUCACACAAUAAAAUCCAUAAAAUCGACGAUUUUGCAUUUGCCGGCGAUUUUAAAUUGAAAAAAUUAAAUCUAUCGCACAAUAAAUUGACAACGUUCCAAAAACGAUUCUCGGACAAUCAUUCCAAUUUGACGCAUUUGGACGUUUCGAACAACCGAAUAGCUGCGAUUAAAGUGGACACAUUUGAAAGUCUGCGAGAUUUGGCUUUCCUUGAUUUAUCGGAAAAUUUACUGAAAAUUUUGGACAAUAAAACGUUUGAAAACCAAAGAAAUCUUCGGCAACUGAAUUUAUCGCGAAAUCAUUUAACCGAAAUCACAGCAGGAACGUUCGCAUCGUUGAUAACACUAGAGAUUUUGGAUUUAUCGAAUAACGCAUUGAAAAUAUUGAACGCGAUCAUUCUGCCCAUACAAGCGAAUCAACUGGAAUUGAUUCUCAUCGCGAAUAAUAAAUUGCAUGAACUGAUUGACUUUACGAGUGCACGCAUUCCAAAUACAAAAAUUAUCGGCAUUGACAGCAAUCCAUUCAAUUGCACGUACUUGGAUGCAUUGUUUCAAUCGAUCACUUGGAAACAUUUGGACUCGAUUUCAAAGAGAAUCGCAUGCAAUUCAGCCACCGAAAAUAAUGAACCCAUCGAUUUGAGCGAAAAUGUAACAUUCACAUGGGCCCUGGAAACAACGACCACAAGUGAUCUUGUGACCAUUCCGGUUGUUGAAACGGCAACGGAGAAACCCGACGAACGUAUUAUGGCUAACGAACAAAAUGGAAACAACAUCAAAAUCGCAAAUCUCUGGAAAUCUCAAAUGAAGAAUGAACGCGCUAUGAAAUCGUUAAGGAAGUAUUUCUACAUUUUUAUGUGCAUUGUUACGGUCGGAUUUACAGUUAUUGCAUACUGCUUUAUGCGCAUGUUUGUUGAAAUGCGAUAUAUGUCGAGAGCUAUCUUGAAACCGGAAUAUGAUGUUAAGUACACCAUUGAACCACCGAAUGGAGUCGACAAUCAUGCUUAUGAAACCAUCGAAAUUAGAAAAAGUACAGAGUCAGUUAAAACACCCAUUUGCAACUUUUUCGAAAUUUAUUUCAAUGUAUUCGAAUUGGAUAUGUCAAACCUCGGCGUUGAGACAUUGAAACCUGAAAGUUUUGAAAGUGGCACUGAAUUGUUCAAAUUAAAUGCAUCCCACAACAAAAUCACUGAAAUUCCCUUUUAUCUCCUAAAAGAAACUGUUAAUCUAACUAUAUUGGAUUUAUCAAACAAUCAAAUAAGCCGAUUUGAUCCAAAUGCGUUCUCCCUUGGAAAUAGUUUAAAAUACCUGGUUCUUGAAUCAAAUAAUAUAAGUGAAUUAAGUGCCGAAAUGUUUUAUAAAUUAACCGAAUUGGAAUAUGUUUAUGUCAGUUACAAUCAAAUCACCAAAAUACCGGCAAAUUUGCUUGAUUCGUUCGUUUUGUUAAAAAAAAUGUUUUGGUUCGCGUUUUUCAUUCUGGCCAUUUUAGCCAAAGAUAUUCAUAGUCAUGAAUUAGACUAUGGUGAAAAGUUUCAUGACAAUUCACUGAAUUGGGGAAACAAAAACAUCAAUGAAUUGUCGCCGAAUAUGUUCAAGGUGUGUUGUAACGAUAUAAAAAAAUUGAUUUUAUCCUACAAUAAAAUCGAGCAAGUUCCGUCGUUUGUGUUUCAAACGUUGAAACAACUCACCGACAUCAACCUUUCAAACAAUGAAAUUCAAGUGAUUGAUGAUUUUGCGUUCGCUGGAGAUUUAAAUUUAAAAAAAUUGGAUUUAUCGGUUAACAAAAUCAUGUACUUCACCGAAUAUUUCGUGAGAGACCACACACGUUUGGUGCAUUUGAACAUUGCAUUUAAUCAAAUCAGUUUCGUGGCACCGGAUACAUUUGAUACACUUGGCGAAUUGUUGGUUUUGGAUCUAUCAAACAACUUGAUCGAUGAAUUUGACAGCAAAACAUUUGUGAAUCUGGUCAAGUUGGAACAUUUGAAAUUAUCACACAAUAAAUUGGAGGACAUUGAAACGGAGGCAUUUUCGUUUUUAAUUAAUCUACAAACGCUGGACUUAUCAUAUAACAAAUUGAAGACAUUGGACAUCAAGACACUGCCGAAGCCACUCUACCGCAUGAAAUCCUUGUUACUCGCCGAAAAUCAAUUGAAAGAACUCAUCGGAUUAACAAGCGCGACCAUGGGACGUAGCCUUAAAAUUAAAGGAAUCGAUAGAAAUAAGUUUAACUGCACUUAUUUGCAUCAAUUCUUCAAAUCAAUCACAUGGAACCAUUUAGAUACAAUUUCAACACGGAUUGAAUGCAAUUAUUUCGUCUACAAAAAUAACAAUAUAAACGAUGCAGUCCAAAAAUUCGAUCAACUAUUCACUCUCGGCAUAAUAACUUCAGUGACCUGUAUUGUUUUCUAUGUCCUCACAAUUUUAAUGAUAGAACUUGUUAUGGAACAGCAUAAUUUGAAGAAAAACAGCAAAACUUCGAUGAAGAAUGAAAAAACAUUGGGCGGAAACAACGAAACCUCGAUGGAACACGAAGAAACCAUGGAUGAAAGCAGCAAAACUUUGAAGACCGUAUUGAAUGAUUUGAGAGCAAAAUAUAGCUCAUUCUCUACAAAUGAAAAACCCGUUGAACAAUCAACUCAAAAAGAUUUUGUGGACAUUUUCGUUGACAACAUCAAAAAUUCAAUCGACGGAAUUCGAAAUAAAUAAUUAUCCAUUUUUUGAACGCAUUUUUUUUUUACAUUUUCAAGUAGUGUUUCAUCAAUUGAUGACAGAAAAUGAUCAUAAUUACCAACUUUUUCUGAAUUCCAUCGUUAAAGCGUCGUAUUCGUUAUCUCGACGAUUUAUUUAUAUUCGUUAUCUCGUCAAAUUGAACCAGAAAAAAAGAAGAAGAGAAAGGUGAUUUUAGUACCAAGCAUUUUUCUCGUUCUCAAUUUCCGAACAUGAUCAAUAUUUU